ACCCUAAAAAGUAAAACCCUACUCCGGCCCCGCUCUAGCUCCCGCUUCGAUGGAUCCGCAGCAGCCGGAGCCCGUCAGCUAUCUGUGCGGAGAUUGCGGAGCUGAGAACACGCUCAAGGCUGGAGAUGUCAUCCAGUGCCGUGAAUGUGGCUACCGCAUCUUGUACAAGAAACGCACCCAACGGAUUGUUCAAUACGAAGCACGCUAAGGACAAACUUCCGGACAUCUUUUGCUGCUAGUUCGUUCAUCUAGGGAUUUACGGUCUGCCCCGAGCCAAAGCUACAUCGGAGAUAUGCAUAUUAUACAGUACUUAUAUAGGUAUAGGUCGCGUGUCUGUUUAUUGGUCUUUGGCUUGAAGACUUGAUAUGAUACAACUUUCCAAACUGUAUUGUGAUUUGGAACA